CCGUAUGCUCAUAACUUAUAGAUCAGGAACCAUUCCUGUAGAGCAGGUGAGCUAAAGAAUAGGACUGAAAAGAAACAGCAAAACAAGUUAAUACAUCAAAUAAACUCCUCUCCCUAAUACGGUGCCGUCAUUCAAUCCCAUGGUUACUCAGUGUAGUCUGCUACAUCCUCCAAGUGCCAACCUUUGGAGUCUCCUUAAUUCUGUUAAUGACUUGUCUGGGUUGACUAAUUGUGCUCUAUAAAGUCAAUCUCUUUCUUAGGCUGUGCCAUUUCCCUUAGACUAUCAAAUAUAACUCUGGGAUUUGAAUGGCUUGCUUCCAUUUUGUCUAAUUAUUAAAGCACAGAGGCCGAUGGAAAAGAAGGUACCAUCUCCUUGGAGCAUUCUAUUUGAAAUUUAUGUGGAGAGACGUGGAAUAUAUCAGAAUAGCAAACACAUGGAAACUCCUAGUUCCCUUUGGGAAGCAGAGCUCUUUUGGUGGCAAUGCAGAGGAGGGGGAAUGAGAGAGAGAGAGAGACCAUAGGGAAGGAAUAGAAUAGGCAUAGAAUAUUACAUCACAGCAAGGAAUCUUGCAUAGUUAGUUACCAUUAGCAAAGGAGUGGACAUCAAUUUUUAGUAAAAUUGUUUAGGUUCACAUUUGUUUGCCUAAUUUUCCAGUGGCUUCAGUGUAUGAGAUGGUGUGAUGGAGCUGAAACAGAUGAGAAAGACUUAGUUUUUGUGUGGAGAGAUUGCACAUGAUGGGGGAACAAAGGAGAGCAAUUGCAGUGUUGUGUGUGUGUGUGUGUGUUCAUGUGUGGUGUGAGAAGGAAACAUGGGUUGCCAGAGGAGCAGAGAGAUGAGAGAGUGGCCAGCUCAGUCACUGGAGAAAAUGAAGUGUGACACAGGUGAAAGUUGUCUACCAGGGUGUCUGGGAGAGGAGGCUGGAGGGGAGUCAGGGAUGAUGUCCAACCCUGAACACCAUGCUAUGGAGCUGGGAUGUUCUGCUGUGGGCCAGGGUCACCACCCAGUGUGAGUACCAUACCUUCAGUGGGAAAGCAGAUUAAUGGCAUCUGUGGUCAACAGACCAUGCAAAAGUAAAUGUAUUCAAGAACUCGUGGACUCUCUAGGGCGAACUUGCUUAUACUAAUGCUAGAAGCCAAAUGGGUGUCAGAUGUUGGGAGCUUUUCAAAAAUUAGCAAGAGAAGAGGGUCCUAGUUCUCUCCAGCUGGAGGGACUAGGAGAGGAGGCGGCACGACCCCAGGACUGGGGACCAGGAGGUGGAAUCACUCGGGCCUGUCCGGUGGAAAGUGGAACCACAGAGGAGCUGGGAGGGGGCAGGGAGAGGGAGCAGGGUGGGAGACUUCAGAGGUCCAGUCCUUCCUCCUGCCCAGGGAAGGCCUCAGCUGUCCUGUUUUACCCAAGAAAACAGAGCAGGAAAAGAGGGAAAAGGAGUGGGGGGCACACACAUCCAGCCAAGCAUUGUCUGUGGGCCCAGUAAUCAUGACUCACCAAGCAACAGCAAUAGAGGCUGUUAUGAUUAAUAAACAGAUUCAUCACAAGAGGAUUGGAAUCAAUAGCAGCAGCCUCCGGUGAUUAUGAACGUAUUCUCCAGUUGUAGGUUCUCGUGCUGGUCCACGAGGAACUGCACUGAAAAUGGGCCCUGUGGGUACAGGGGCAGAUGAGAACCAGACGGUGGGAGAAGUGAAGGCGGAGCCCUUCGGGCUGGGACUCACCACUCCUGGGGGUGAGCUGGCCCCAGGCCCCGAGCCCCAGCUCAUCGACAGCACCAAGCUGACGGAGGUGCGGGUCGUGCUCAUACUGGCCUACUGCUCCAUCAUCUUGCUGGGCGUCACUGGCAACUCCUUGGUGAUCCACGUGGUCAUCAAAUUCAAGAACAUGCGCACAGUGACCAACUUCUUCAUCGCCAACCUGGCUGUGGCGGAUCUUUUGGUGAACACACUGUGCCUGCCGUUCACUCUCACCUACACCUUGAUGGGGGAGUGGAAAAUGGGUCCAGUCCUCUGCCACCUGGUGCCGUAUGCCCAGGGCCUGGCAGUGCAAGUGUCCACGAUCACCUUGACAGUAAUUGCGCUGGACCGGCAUCGGUGCAUUGUGUACCACCUGGACAGCAAGAUCUCCAAGCAAAACAGCUUCCUGAUCAUUGGCUUGGCCUGGGGCAUCAGUGCCCUGCUGGCAAGUCCCCUGGCCAUCUUCCGGGAAUACUCGCUGAUUGAAAUUAUUCCAGACUUCGAGAUUGUGGCCUGCACCGAGAAGUGGCCAGGUGAAGAGAAGAGCAUGUAUGGCACUGUCUACAGCCUUUCCUCCUUGUUGAUCCUCUACGUUUUGCCUCUGGGCAUCAUAUCUAUUUCCUAUAUCCGGAUCUGGAGUAAACUGAAGAACCACAUCAGUCCCGGCGCUGCGAAUGACCACCACCAUCAGCGGAGGCAGAAGACCACCAAAAUGCUGGUGUUCGUGGUGGUGGUGUUUGCAGUCAGCUGGCUGCCGCUUCACGCCUUCCAGCUUGCUGUGGACAUUGACAGCCAGGUACUGGACCUAAAGGAGUACAAACUCAUCUUCACAGUGUUCCACAUCAUCGCCAUGUGCUCCACCUUUGCCAAUCCCCUGCUGUACGGCUGGAUGAACAGCAACUACCGGAAGGCUUUCCUCUCAGCCUUCCGCUGCGAGCAGAGGCUGGACGCCAUUCACUCCGAGAUGUCUGUGACGUGCAAGGCUAAAAAGAAUGUGGACGUCGUGAAGAACAGUGGCCCCGCAGACUCUUUCGCCGAGGCUACCAAUGUCUAAGGACGUGUUGUGGGAGCCUAAGGGUGAAUUCUGACCAGAGCUUUUGAUCUGGUUGAGGAGGGCUCAGGUAUGUGCUGAUCCCCCAUUUUAAGGAUGGAAAGCAUCUGAACAGAAGUGCAGGCAGUGUCAUUCCUGGACAACUGGCAGGCAGACCCUAGGGGAAGCAGUUGUAUUCAAAGACGGGGUGAUACUAUGGCUUCACUACAGCUGCUUGGGUUGGGUCGAAUUGUGUGUAAAAGCAGAAAUACUUUGGACUCUUCCCACGCGAAGGAAACCUGAACAAGGAAUUGCCAUUGUCAGCACUGCUAGCUGUGGGGGUUUCCUAAGCUGACUGUAUGGGGUGCCACGUGCUCAGGGCUCUCCCCUUCUCUGAGGCACAGCCUGCUGAAGGCGAACCUCUCUGGGGAGUGCUGGCUCUGCUGGGGGACAGUUUGGUUUUCUUGUUUUUCCUACAGAUGAAAUUCUGAAGAGUGCGCUCUUGGUAAAUAUCUCUUUUAAUGACAUCACAAUGACUUCAAGGGAAUAAAUGAAAAUUUGAGAGAUGAUUAGCAUUUUUGGCAAAUCAUGGGGGAAAUUCAUAAUAAUCUGUGAGCAGUUGUUCUUAGAAUCAAAUGCAUUUGGUGAGAAUGUUUUCUUAAAGUGAAAAUCAAAGGCAGGAAAUCUCGGAAUUACAAAAAAUGUAAAGGAUUCUUAAAUUAUCCUUGCUUUAUAUGAACACUAUUAUAUAAUAAAUAGGUAAGCAACAUCACUAAUUGUUACACAGCUAGAAAUUUGUAUGACUUCUGUUAUUAUUCCUGUGUUGGAGUAGAGUUGGAGCUCUAAGUAAGAUUAGAAAAUCAUUUUUAUGGUGUUUCAUAACAUUUCACGAGCAUAUGCUGCUUUUUGCACUGGCACCUGGCUGUGCCAGCUUUAGGGGAUGCUGCAAUGCUAUUUUCUUUAGAAUUCAUUUUCCAUGGACUCUUUCAUGAUAAAUAAAAAUACAAUGUCAGAAAAUGGCCCAUCUGGUAAGAAAUAUUCAGAGCACCGAAUUCAGUCCAUUUUGCAAAUGUUCUGUUUCAACCAAUUUCCCAUAAGUUUUCUCUUUUCAAAGUAAUUAUAGUUUUUGGAUAAUGUGAAUGUAUACAUAAUGCCUGUGUACUAUAAAUAAUGAAACAAAAAACUAGUAUUUUUUAUUUAAUGAUUUUAUGAUUUUUUUUUUUUUUGGU